AUGACCCACGCCCGAAACCAGAUCCCGAACGGCGGUGUGAACGCUGCGCGAAGCUUCAUCUCGAGUGCGCGUCCAACAGGGAGCCCAGCACUAAAGCAAAUUCGAACCCUUGCAAGCCAGGUUGCGACACUAGAGAGCCGAGUUGCGCAGCUUGAAGCAUAUCUUGUGCAGAUGCGUGCCGAGAUUAGCGCAACUUCGGCCGCCGCUUCAAUUCCAACCUUGCGAGGUGAUUCUGAGGAUACCGCGGGUUGUAUCUCGCCAUAUCUCCAGCAGAAAUGCUCAGACACUGCGUCUGUAUCGCUCUGGACAUGUCUCGGACAGCAUUGGUACUUCAAAGGCAUACCCAUCAAUUCCCCCCAAGGCCGAGAGUGGAUAUCCUCCAAGAUCGGCAAAAGCGUCUCCCUCGCUGGGUUCCGCCUCUUUGGAUCACAUAAACACCAGUUUAGCAGCUCAUCACCCUCAUUCAAAUUCCCAGAAAGACAAAUGACGGAAGCAUUUUUGAAUUCGUACUUCACCUCGCCCUGGCGCCUUUUAUACCCUAUGAUCGACCCAGUGCUUAUGGAAGAGACAUGGGCGGCGGCUUAUUCCGAGUCGGAAUCGGCGCAAGUGUGCCUUUUGGUGUUUAUGGCUUUGUGUUCGCGGUUGAAGGGCUCCCAGUUACUUGGUCAGAGCACUCUGGAAAGCCUUCAGACCGUUAUCAUGCUACAAAUCUACCACCUACUCUCAGGCCAGUGGGGUGCUGCUGCUGAACUCCAUCCCUACGCCUGCCGUGCUAUAUACAAUCUCAAAGGUCACAUCGCACAUCCACAUCUACCGAACGACUCCGAUAGCGCAGUUAAUCGUCGACACAGACAUAUUCGGAACCUCUUCUGGCUAUGCUACAUCCUCGACAAAGACAUAGCCAUGAGAUACGGGAGGCCGCCUUGUCUGACGAGGGACUACUGUGACUUGACGUUGCCACAUGAUUGGGCGAGGGUAUAUAACGCACCAGCUAGAACUACUCAAGACGAGAUGAUUUCGCACGACGAUGCUGUUUGUUUUUCGCAGGACCUUUGCCUCUCGCAGAUCAAAGAAACGAUUUGUCUAUUUCUCUGCUCGCUGGACGAUUCGAAACUAUCAGACGCAGCGAUUCUUGGUCAAGUUCGUCAACUAGACGGUGACAUUGAGACGUGGCGCUUAAGUAUCCCAAUGGACUAUAGGCCAAAGUGGUCUCUGAGCUCGGGAAAGCCACUCAUCCACCCAGAUAUGUCUUUUGUUCAAAGAACAAGGUGCAUUAAUCUGCAGCUAGAAUACAAGUAUCUGACGACGGUGAUCCAUACCGCUGUCCGGAGAUGCGGCGCACUAUACGCCGUUGACGAUAGUCUACCUGACGAUCUUCAUAAUGUUUAUCAUUCAAGUAGUGAUAUCUCUCUCGAGGCGAGUCGCACUACUCUCCAGAUCUUCAAAUCACAUAUAGAUAUCCUUCAGGAGGACAUGUUUGGCCACAUCGCGAUAUACCCCCCGAUAGCGGCCAUGGCGCUUUUUAUGAAUCUUCUUCUUCAUCCUUCUGAUAAACGAGCCCGAAACGAUCUUGAUCUGUUGGCAGGUUGCGCAACGCUGUUCCAGGACAUGGCAAUGGAAGACUUGACAAAUGAGGAUAUGGACUGUAUUCAAGAGCUCAGCAGGUUCGUUUCCGAGCUUGUCCGUCUCGGGAACAGUGCGAUAUGGAAGGCAAAGAGGGAAUGGAGGAGCACGGCCGGGAUAUCAUCAUGA